AUACCAGUUAACCCUGGUUAAGAUUCAGCCUCUUUCCUUCCUCCCCGCUUUCAGAUCCUCUCUCUCUCUCUCUCUCCCUUGAUUGCAGAUUCAAUUUAGGGUUUUUCAAAAUUUCAAAAUCAAAUUCCGAUUUCCACAACUUCCGCUUCAUUUUUUCUUCAAUUGAUACACCGGGUCGAUAAAUGGAUCCAAGAAUUUGUUGAAAUCUGAGGACAGAAAAGAUACAAAAUGGAGACGCAGAGAAUAACAGAAUUGCCAUUAAGGAACAUGGAUAAACGUCCGAGAAAACGGCCUCGUUUGACAUGGGACAUGCCUCCUCCUCCUCCUCCCAAGGUGCUUUCAGCGAUGUAUUGCGGUCAGGAUUUAGGGAAUAAUGAUGGAGGAGGUAUUAUUAAUACAAAUUUUGGGUAUCCAAAUAUGUAUUACAGGGAUGUUCCUGUUUCUGUUCCUGUUCCUGUUCCUGUUCCUAUUCCUCUUCCAAUUACAGUUCCUCGUAAUGUUUCACCUCCUUGGAGACCUGAUGAUAAAGAUGGUCAUUAUGUCUUUGCUAUUGGCGAGAAUUUGACUCCUCGUUACAGGAUUCUCGGCAAAAUGGGUGAAGGGACAUUUGGGCAAGUCUUAGAAUGUCUUGAUAAUGAAAAGAAAGAGAUUGUGGCAAUAAAAAUUGUUCGCUCCAUACACAAGUAUCGUGAGGCUGCCAUGAUUGAAAUUGACGUCCUACAGAGGCUUGCCAGGCAUGAUAUUGGUGGCACUCGUUGUGUGCAAAUACGGAAUUGGUUUGACUAUCGUAAUCAUAUUUGUAUUGUAUUUGAGAAGCUUGGACCAAGCUUAUACGAUUUUCUCCGCAAAAACAGCUACAGUUCAUUUCCCAUUGAUCUAGUUCGGGAGCUUGGCAGACAACUUUUGGAGUCUGUUGCAUUUAUGCAUGACUUACGACUGAUUCACACUGAUCUGAAGCCUGAGAAUAUACUGCUGGUUUCCGCUGAGUAUAUCAAAGUGCCAGAUUAUAAGUUUCUUUCUCGUUCCACGAAAGAUGGGUCUUAUUUCAAGAAUCUUCCUAAGUCAAGUGCUAUCAAGCUCAUUGAUUUUGGGAGUACUACAUUUGAACAUCAGGAUCACAGCUAUGUGGUGUCAACACGGCAUUAUCGGGCACCAGAGGUUAUCUUAGGUCUUGGAUGGAACUAUCCUUGUGAUUUAUGGAGUGUUGGUUGCAUACUUGUUGAAUUAUGUUCUGGUGAAGCCUUAUUUCAAACACAUGAGAACUUGGAGCAUCUUGCCAUGAUGGAGAGAGUUUUAGGGCCACUUCCGCAACAUAUGGUGGUCAGAGCUGACCGUCGUGCUGAAAAAUAUUUCAGGAGAGGAACACGAUUAGAUUGGCCUGAGGGUGCAACUUCAAGAGAAAGCAUGAGAGCAGUUUGGAAAUUGCCUCGUCUUCCGAACCUUAUCAUGCAACAUGUAGAUCAUUCCGCUGGUGAUUUGAUCGACCUAUUGCAAGGGCUCUUAAGAUAUGACCCGGCAGAGCGGCUCAAAGCCAGGGAAGCUUUAAGACAUCCAUUCUUCACAAGAGAUCCAAGAAGAUGCGGCUAUCCUUUAUAAUGCCGUCCCUAAAAGUGAGGAGCACUGAGCAAUGGUAUAUAUAUAUAUAUAUAUAUAACAAAGAGAUGUCAUACUGUGAUUGAUGCGGUGACAUAAUUUUUUCAUGUCAAGUUUAACAUACAAUUGUUACCAUAUAGUGAAGUGUAUUCUCUUCCUGCCACGUCCAUUUUCCCCCCUUUCGUGGGUUUUUUCUUUUCUACGGCCUUCCUAAUUGACGUGUAUACCCAUAAUUUCCGGUUUGUCUUGUGAUGAUGAUCAAGUAAACAAAAACAAAAAAUGUUACAGCGUGUGUAAGAUGGAUGACUUAUUUUUUCGUA